CGCCGAACCCGGAAGUUGUCCCCGGAAGUCAGCUGCGCAGCGACAGCCAAAACACCAGGGGAAGUCUUUAGGGUUAAAAAAAAAGAAAGAUGCUUCACUUCGCUAAAGAUGUUUUACCGGACUCUGUCAGUGCUGACUUCCAGAACUUAAACAAAUUCAACGAGCAGCAGUACAAACGUCUGAUUGAAAUUCUGUUCCAGUUCCUCCUGGACCCUAAAGAGACCGACAGAUUCAUGCGGCAGCUGACAGAAUUUGCAGGGGAGCAUGGGAUAAGCGCCGGUCCGCUGAGGAACCUGAUGAAGAGCGUCCUCCUGGUGCCACAGGGAGCUCUGAAGAAGAACCUGACGGCCGAGCAGGUCAAACAGGACCUGCUGACAUUAGGACUAAACGAGGAGAAAGCCGCUCACUUUUCGUCACAGUGGGGGGAGAACUACGCUGCGCUGUCCAGACUCGCCGUGGGACAGACUCUGAUGGUCAACCAGCUGGUGGACAUGGAGUGGAAGUUUGGAGUGACCGUUGGCACCAGUGAAAUUCAGAAAGUGGGAAACGUCUUUCUGCAGUUGAAGCUGGUGGUGAGGAAGGGGAACUCUACAGAAAAUGUUUUCAUGGAGCUGACGCUGGCUCAGUUUUACAACUUCCUGCAUGAGAUGGAGAGAGCAAAGGCCAGCAUGGAGUGCUUUGCCUGAACGGGACUUAGUGUGUGAAUUUCAAAGACUGCUCAACGUUUGUUACUCGAUCUGGUAAUGAAGAAAAUUAAGAUUAAAACAGUUUUAAACAGA